AUGUGGAUCACCCGUGGAAUCUCGCUCGUCAAUUUCGGAGUCGCCUCUUCAGCGUUGGCAUUCCAAGUCUUCGUCCUAUACCCAUGGCACAACCAGUUGGACGAUGAAUUCAAAUCCUUGAAAAAGGAACACCAGCGAGUACUGAAACAGCUCGAUCUACGCAAAAUCACGGCUUGA